AUGUCGGAUGCUGAUGUCUUUGACCUGUGGUUUGACAACUCGGUGCAGCAGGGGUCCUUCAAGCCGGACGAUCUCCUGUCGCAACCGCAGUCGCAGUCGCAUCCGCCGCCGCAGCCUGCCCAGCAACAACAGCAGCAACAGCAACGGCCCCAGUUCCAACCUCCCCCGCCUCCUCCUCCGCGACGAAAUCAGCAGCAGCAGCAACAACAGAAGCAGCAACAGUCUACGAUCCAGCGUCCGCCGCUGCCGCAGCCGCAGCCUGACCUCCGACGUCAACCUCCUCCUCCUCCCCCUCCCUUCGUCGCCGACAUGUCGGUCGCCAACACCACCAACGGCAAACCGCAGCCGCAGCAGCGCCCCUCGAGAAGCCCUGCCCCGCCCCGCGACGAGGAGGCCGUCUCCAAGAUCCCGAAUCUCCUCCCUCACGAGCGCGUCUUUCCAAUCCAGAUAGGAUCCGAGUUGUUCAAGCUGUCCGGCGCCUCCAUUUCGUCUGAUGCUCCCUCCUACUUCUCCCAGUACUUCUACUGCCAGGUCAAGAAGGCGAAAGAGACCGGCGAGGACCUCUCGAGCGCCAUCCGCACCCUCUACAUCGACCGCGACCCAAAGACCUUUGCCGACAUCUCCCUCCACCUCCAGGGCUACCAUGUCAAGCCGCGAGACGGCACGCACUUUGUGCGCCUCUUUGCGGACGCUCAAUUCUACAGCUUACCGAAGCUGAUAUCACAACUAUACGAGGAGUCAAUCUUCAUCUCCAUCGGCCACCGCGAGUUCCAGAUCCCCCGCGAUAUCUUUACCGACCCGGGCAACUCCCCCAACUUCUUCUCUCUCGGCUUUGCCGUCUUCUUCUCGAACCCAGAAGACCUCUUCCCGGGCCUCGACCGCGAAGGUCUCCUCCGCCCGCCCUCCAUCCUACCCCCCUCCGUCGCGAACCGCUCCGCCGACACCUUCGCCGAGAUCCUCCACCUCCUCCGCGGCUACCCCGUCACCAUCCGCAACGAGACCCACCGCGCCGAGCUCCUCCGCGACUGCAGAUACUUCAACUUCAAGGGCCUCGAGCAGAAGCUCAUCCCUCACAACAUCAGCUACAACCAGUCCCGCCGCCGCGAGGAGAUUGUCCUGCGCCUCGAAGACAUCCUCAAGAGCGGCAUCAGCGUCGCCGCCGACGCCUCCUCCGCCAUCUCCUCACCCUCGGGUGACCACUUCGCGGGCUGGGUCAACUAUGCCCGCCCCUACGUCGACGACCGCGCCGCCGAGCUCGUCCUCGAGAUUGGCGGCGAGAGCACCCGCCUGCACUUUCAGCCAAACUCCAUCCGCGCAGAGUUCUUCCGCGACACCCGCGCCCGCGUCGCCCGCAUGUUCGAGGUCGUCGCGACCAAGCUCAACCUGCCCCCGACCACCCAGCCCCUGGGCCUGCUCAUGGCCUCUGGCGGCGCGGGCAGCCAGCCCCCGACCCCGGGACACACGCCUCUCAGCGAAGACCUCGUCCGCGUAAUCAUCGACCCGGACACCUCCAUCACCCUCGACGGCAAACCGCACACCUUCGACACCCCCGCUCCCGCAGACGACCAGGCCUCGUCGACCUCGAGCACCGGUCAAGGCGGCGGGCACGAGUCUCCCUCGGCGUCCACCGCUGCCGCCGGCUUCCUUCCGAACUCGCGCAAACGCCGGCGCAUCGACUCGUCUGGCUACGCCGCCGGCGGCAGCCACGCUGCGCUGGCGGCCGAGGAGUGGGUCGUCAGAACGGGCCAGUGGCGGCUCAAGAUCCAGGGCACGCGCAACGGCAAGAGCGGCGUUGAGUGCGUGCUCGUGGCCGUCAAGCUCGACGCUUACAGCUCCGAGAGCGCGCGCAAUUCGGCCAGGGGGUUCCUGAACGGGUGA